GACCAUCUCCCCGAGCUGGUUAUCAUGCGAAUCAAACACCUGUUUGUCUCUGCUAUAGGUUACGCUGCUGAUCAUGUCUGGAACCCGAGCAGAGGACUGUGGGGAGGGAGAAUACUUACACGAUGAUCGCUGCUGCCUGUCUUGCCCAGCAGGGACUUACGUUGCUCAGCACUGCAGCGCUCCGCAUUCGAAAGGAAGAUGUGACCCUUGCACUGAAGGAGAGGGUUAUACUGCCCAUGAGAACGGCCUGGAAGAAUGUUUGUCGUGCAGACAGUGCAAAGAUGAUCAGAUAACUCUGAGACCCUGUACUCUGACGCAUGAUACUGAAUGCCAAUGCAAACAGGGGUAUUUCUGCCCUGCGGAGGGCUGUGAAGUAUGUCAGAGAUGCAGUACAAUGUGUCCGGAAGGGAAAGAAAUUGUGCAGAAUUGCAAUGCUACUAUAGACCUAGGAUGUGGCUUACCCAAUCAAGGAAGCACAGCUUUUGUUUAUACUAUUGUGAUUAUUUUGGUGGUUGGUGGAUGUUUGUUGCUGUUCUUUGUAAUUAAAAAGCUGAAGAGUGAUAAAGCUGCUUCAACUGAUAAAGAUCCAGAGAAAGGUCUGGAGUCUGAAGGCAGUACUGAAAGCCUCAUUUUACCAGAAGUGGAGACACCUGCAAAUAACACAGCCAACCCAGAGGAUGAGAACUCUGCUGAGAGCCCAGAGGGCCAAGUGCAAAACAACGUUCACUUGGAAAUCAAAAACACAUCACCAGAGGAAAACAGUGCUGUGCCUUCUGAGUGGGGCACCAUCCUGCGCGGGGGCUGGAGGUGCCACGUGGAAAGGUGCUGGAGGAGGAUCGCUAAGUCUUCACUACCAGAAAAAACUGGGCAGAAUCCUGCAUUUCAUCAGAAUGCCCCAUCUAAGGUACCAAGUGGGAGGAUGCCAGCAAAUCGUAUGGUACAAGAACCAAAGUGUAGAAUAAUUGUUAAAGAUCUCUCUCAAAAAGAACUGAGAGAUAGCUAUUGGGCCUUUAUACAUGAAGUACCACCAAAAAAAUGGAAGUGGCUUAUGAGAACUCAUCUGCAGGAAAAUUACAUUGCUAAAAUUACUUAUGACUUUCCUAAUGACAUAGAAGAACAAUCUUAUCAGAUGCUUCUUGCCUGGAAAAACACACUGGGAGAGAAACAAUCUAUUAUUAAGUUACUGGAUGAGUUAAAGAAUCUAGAUACCAAGGCUUAUGAUAACGUAUUGAACACUUUAAAAGUAAUAACAUUAUAA